GAAAUUCAGGUAGUGGUAGUACUCGCCAUCAUCGGCGAAUUUCAUAUAAAUAUAAUCCUUUAACUUUCCUAGCUCUAGUGUCGCGAGUUUGAUAAAAUGAAGAUAUUUGUGGUUGUAGCACUUCUGGCACACGUUGCCGUGUCUGCUAAAUUGCCUUUUCGGUUAGAGGACUUCAGUUGUAACAGGGAGGAUCCCAAUCUCAGCAGUUGCGUGGUGAAUUCCAUAGAAAAGGCUCGUCCCUAUGUUAUAGAAGGAAUCAAGGAACUGAACAUUCCACCAAUUGAUCCAUUCAUUCUACCUUAUGCCUCCGUCAACAGGACAAUUAGCGAAUUAGUCAGUAUCAACUCAGUUUUGAGAAAUGCGAAAACUUUGGGAUUGGGAAACUACGUAGUGGAUAAUGUUAGUGUGGAUCUUCCAAAUCAUGCUAUAGAAUUCAGAUACACUUUGCCAUGGGCAUAUCUCGAGAUGGAAUAUGAUGUCAGUGGUCAACUCCUCCAAAUACCAUUGCAGAGCAAAGGUUUCUUCAAAGGCAACUUCACCGACACACAAAUGGUUGUCAAAGCUACUAUCGAGAGUUAUCAGCGUGAAGGAGAAACCUAUUACAGGAUCCACAAAAUGACAGUGAAAGGACAAGUAGGUGAUGGCUGGGUCAAGAUGACAGCCAAAAAUCCUGAUCUACAGUUUGGAGCCGAUUUGAUAGCAAAUGCUUUCAAUGCCGACCCAAGAGCAAUUCUGGAUGCAGUCAACCCCAUCUUCGUUGAAUUCGCUGCAGACCUUUUCAAAGCUGUAGGAAAUCAAGUUUUAGCGAGAGUACCUGCUACCAAAAUCUUCAGUUGAAGAGUAUAUAUAUUUAUAAGUAGAUAGAAUUUUUAAUGUGAUGCAAAUGAUUGUGAAAUCAAUUCUCUUUUAAAUGUAUUUAGAUUAUAUUUUUGUGAAAUAUAGUACCCCUCAUUGAACUGACAAUGUUUGUUGAAAUUAUAGCACCGAUUUUUAUUAAAUUGUGUAUGGAUAUACU